GCUGAUAUCUAAUUGCUGUUUUGUUGUUACUGCUAGGUUAUUGAAUUGAGGCGAUCGGUCCUAUGAGCUCUCCGAGCGGUAAAAGAAAGAUAACUCGAAGCCCUUCCUCACUACCUCCUGAAGAGAUAAGUUCACAUGACGUGUUAACACUACAACAAGAAGGCGAAAACCGAUCCAAAACCCAGAUUCUGAUAACGAUCUCAACGUAAAGGAGUUUAACUCGCAAUCUGAAGAAGAUUCUGUCCCCAUAUCAACAGAAGAAGAGUGGGUCGAUCAUACAAUUGAUUUCUUGGGACACAGUGAGACUCUUUUAAUAAGUAUAACAGAAGACAAACUUUCGUCUUCCUCUUUUAAAGUAGGUAACAGCGGUAUCAGAUCGUCGCAUGAUGAAGAUGUGCUAGAUGUUAUUUCCCCAAUGACCUCUAGUAACAGCGGUAACAGACCGGCAGUCAAUGAUGACCCAGAUGUCGCCAAGUUCCUGAAAACAUCUCUCCACAGAGGCAGUAUGAAUAGGCCUCCACCGAAAGGCUUUAAGGAUCUGUUAGAUUUUGAAGAGGAGGAUGAGUCUUGUCCGUGGCAGAUCUCGACAGUGCGGAGAUCUGUUAGCGGAAUAGAUAUAGGUGAUGUAAACAUGCAAGAGGAAGAUCUGUUAGAACUGGAACAGGAUCUAAACAUACAAGAGGAAGAUCUGCCAGAACUUGAAGAGGAUCUAAACAUGCAAGAGGAAGAUCUGCCAGAACUGGAACAGGAUCUAAACAUGCAAGAGGAAGAUCUGCCAGAACUUGAAGAGGAUAUAAACAUGCAAGAGGAAGAUCUGCCAGAACUGGAACAGGAUCUAAACAUGCAAGAGGAAGAUCUACCAGAACUGGAACAGGAUAUAAACAUGCAAAAGGAAGAUCUGCCAGAACUGGGACAGGAUCUAAACAUACAAGAGGAAGAUCUGCCAGAACUUAAAGAGGAUCUAAACAUGCAAGAGGAAGAUCUACCAGAACUUGGACAGGAUCUAAACAUGCAAGAGGAAGAUCUGCCAGAACUGGAAGAGGAUCUAAACAUGCAAAAGGAAGAUCUGCCAGAACUGGGACAGGAUCUAAACAUACAAGAGGAAGAUCUGCCAGAACUUAAAGAGGAUCUAAACAUGCAAGAGGAAGAUCUACCAGAACUUGAAGAGGAUCUAAACAUGCAAGAGGAAGAUCUGCCAGAACUUGAAGAGGAUCUAAACAUGCAAGAGGAAGAUCUGCCAGAACUUGAAGAGGAUCUAAACAUGCAAGAGGAAGAUCUGCCAGAACUUGAACAGGAUCUAAACAUGCAAGAGGAAGAUCUGCCAGAACUUGAAGAGGAUCUAAACAUGCAAGAGGAAGAUCUGCCAGAACUUGAAGAGGAUCGAAACAUGCAAGAGGAAUAUCUGCCAGAACUUGAAGAGGAUCUAAACAUGCAAGAGGAAGAUCUGCCAGAACUGGAAGAGCUUCUAAACAUGCAAGAGGAAGAUCUGCCAGAACUUGAAGAGGAUCUAAACAUGCAAGAGGAAGAUCUGCCAGAACUUGAAGAGCUUCUAAACAUGCGAGAGGAAGAUCUGCCAGAACUUGAAGAGGAUCUAAACAUGCAAGAGGAAGAUCUGCCAGAACUGGAAGAGGAUCUAAAUAUGCAAGAGGAAGAUUUGCCAGAACUGAAAGAGGUUCUAAACAUGCAAGAAGAAGAUCUGCCAGAACUGAAAGAGGAUCUAAACAUGCAAGAGGAAGAUCUACCAGAAUUUGAAGAAAAGGUUGACGAAAAACAGGACUGGGAUCAAGAUAACGGGGACCUUACUAUUUUUGCUGUAAUCUCUCGACUUUUUCAAUGUGGGCAAUACCCGCAAGAUCUCUGCCUAAGAGGUAGAUAUAGACCCUUCAAACUUCGUGUUGUGUCAAGACGUAUUACUUGAAGAAAAGGAUUCUCGGAUUGUUGAUUACUUAGUUGUAGUGAACGGUGGAUUUUGACGUACUGAACGCACGUUCCAGUCAUUUUGUAGUGUUCACGUUAUUGAACGUUUUUAGUGAACGUCAGUGAUUAUCAAAAACAAAAAAUUAUGAAAAUAAACUUUUUGAAAUCUUAAUUUCCCCAACUGAUAAUUAUUAAUUUCCCCAAAAUGAAGCAAUCCUAUUUCUGUGCACAAAAGAUUAAGAUUAAAAGGGUAAUAUUAUUAUCAAUAAUUUAUAAGGUAUAAAAUGGUAAUAUUGUAUCGUAUCGUAUAAUUGUAGUAGUAUUAAUGCUAUUAAAGGUACAGGUACUCAAGUUCAACACGCACUCUAGUUCGACACGUACUGUAGUUCGACAAACCCUUAGGUUUGACUCUGUCGAACCAAAGCGCGCUUUGAAAUCUCCGGGCUCAAGCAACGAUCCUUUACGAGCUUGUAAUCUAUUCGU